CCGCACCACCAACCACCACCACUUCCUGACACCUCCGACAUCCCCCCUCCGCCUAACCCGCAACGCAAGAGAAUACAUACACGCAACAGCCCUUCGCAAUGCCGCUAGGAUAUCCGACCCUCGCGCCCUUCGUGGUCAAGCGCCCGUGGCUGCUUAGACUCCUCCGGCCCGUCGCCGAUUGGUACGUCAACACUGCCGGCUACCGCCAGCUCGGCCUCCGAGCCGACGACCUGAUCAACGAGGAGAACGAGCUCGUCAUCAAGGCGCUGAAGCGCCUGCCCCCCAAGGAGUCCUACGACCGGAUCUACCGCAUCCGCCGGGCCUUCCAGGCCAGCGUCGUCCACAAGUUGCUCCCCAAGAACGAGUGGACCAAGCCCGACGAGGAUGUCCCAUACCUGAAGCCUUUAAUCGACCAGAUCCUCGCUGAAGAAAAGGAGAAGCAGGCCCUGGACUCUCUGACCGUUGUGAAGAGCCAUUGAAGAUCGGGACGGGCAGAGACGGGGCCGGGUCGCAGACACAAUAGCGGAGGAGCCCCUGUACAAAACUCUAAGAAUAUCCACGAUAGACGAGGGGAAUAGAAAAGUCGAAGCACGAUUUAGUCGCCAAGAUCCCAGGCCUGGCCUCCGGGCUGCUCUCGGCGCCGCCAGUAAUUGUAUUCGCUGUUCGAGUAUCCGUCGCCCCAUUUCUGUAGCCAGAGCUUGUCAAUCCCUUGAUCCCUUGGUCAGGGCCUGUCGCAGCUAGCGGCGGUGGCCAUUAGGGUUAUUUGCCGCCGUGAUGAAGA